GUUCGCAAUGACCGGAACAAGAAGAAGAAGGAUGUGCCCAAACCGGAGUGCUCGGAGAGCUACAUCAUUACGCCCGAGGUGGAGGAGCUCAUCGAGAAGGUGCGCAAAGCCCACCAGGAGACCUUCCCCGCCCUCUGCCAGCUCGGCAAAUACACUACGAACAACAGCUCGGAGCAGCGGGUCUCUCUGGACAUCGACCUGUGGGACAAGUUCAGCGAGUUGUCCACCAAGUGCAUCAUCAAGACGGUGGAGUUUGCCAAGCAGCUCCCCGGCUUCACCACGCUCACCAUCGCCGACCAGAUCACCCUCCUCAAAGCCGCCUGCCUCGACAUCCUGAUGCUGCGGAUCUGCACGCGGUACACGCCGGAGCAGGACACCAUGACCUUCUCGGACGGACUGACGCCGAACCGCACGCAGAUGCACAACGCCGGCUUCGGGCCCCUCACCGACCUGGUCUUCGCCUUCGCCGGUCAACUGCUGCCCCUCCAGAUGGACGACACCGAGACGGGGCUGCUCAGCGCCAUCUGCCUCAUCUGCGGAGGUGGGGGACACGCGGGG